AUGGCCCGGGCGGGCGGCAGCAUGUGCCGCUGCUGCUGCUGGGCGCUCGUCCUCCUGUGGGCGGCGGUGGGCGGCCGCGCAGAACUCCGCUAUGCAACUGUGUACUGGAAUAAAGCUGAAAAAAUACUUCAGGUCAGGAAUAUGCUGGACAGGAGUGGAGAUGCUUAUGGCUUCUACAACAACAGUCUACAGAAAACAGGCUGGGGAGUCCUGGAGAUCAGAGCAGGCUAUGGCUCGCAGACCUUAAGCAAUGAAGAUAUUAUGUAUGUUGCUGGCUUCUUGGAAGGCUAUCUCACAGCUCCGCAAAUGUAUGACCAUGCUGCAAAUAUGUAUCCACAGCUAAUUAAGACUCCCACCAUUCGAAGAGGAGUUCAGAAUUUUAUGGCGAAGCAAGAUCAAUGGACAAGACAACAAAUCAGAAAUAAUAAGGAUGACCCAUUUUGGAGGCAUGCUGGCUAUAUUAUUGAACAGUUGGAUGGUCUGUACAUGGGAGCCCUCGAGUGGGCUAAACUACAUAAACUAACACCACUGAGCAACUUUGAUGUCCAGUUUCUGAAUGCAGUUGGAGACCUGUUGGACCUUAUUCCUGCAUUGUUUGAUUAUUCUCUACGAGGUGGACAAUGCAAUGUGGAUUCAGGAGGCCAUGGGAGAUACCAGUGGGACAUGGGACACUGCUCUGCACUGAUCAAGGUUCUACCAGGAUAUGAGAAUAUAUAUUUUGCCCAUUCCAGCUGGUUUACUUAUGCAGCCACACUGAGAAUAUAUAAGCAUUGGAACUUCAAUAUAGUUGAUCCAUAUACCAGCACCGGCCGUGUCUCAUUCAGUAGUUACCCAGGCUUUUUGGUGUCCCUGGAUGACUUUUACAUACUGGGCAGCGGCUUGGUAAUGUUGCAGACUACCAACAGUGUUUAUAAUGAAACCCUCAUUAAGCAAGUGGUGCCUGAAUCCUUGCUAGCUUGGCAGAGGGUCCGCAUUGCCAACAUGAUGGCAAAUGAUGGCAAAACUUGGGCAGAGACCUUCUCCAAGUGCAACUCUGGAACCUACAACAAUCAGUACAUGGUUCUAGACCUGAAAAAGGUCAAGCUGCAGAGGAGCCUUGAUGAGGGUGCAUUGUACAUUGUCGAGCAGAUCCCAACCCUUGUGGAGUAUUCUGAUCAAACAAAUGUUCUCCGGAAAGGUUACUGGCCUUCAUACAAUAUCCCUUUCCAUGAAAAGAUUUACAAUCUCAGUGGGUAUGCAUCAUACGUUGUCAAGUAUGGCAUGGAUUUCUCCUAUGACCUUGCUCCAAGAGCCAAAAUCUUCCGUCGAGACCAGGGCAAGGUGACCAACUUGGAAAGCAUGAAGUACAUCAUGAGAUACAACAACUAUCAGCAUGAUCCUUAUGCUGAACACAAUCCUUGCAACACCAUUUGCUGCCGGGAAGACCUGAAUCCUUCUAUACCAGUGCCUGCAGGCUGCUAUGACACCAAGGUGUCGGAUUUCCGCCUGGCUGCAGCAUUCACAGCCUCGGCCAUCAAUGGCCCUCCAGUGCAGGGUGGCCUCCCGGUCUUCAGCUGGAGACGCUUCAACCGCACGCGGCACCAGGGCCUGCCCGAGUCGUACAACUUCGGUUUUGUCACCAUGAGGCCCAUCCUGUAAAACCAGCGCCAGCAUCCACAAGUGGAUUUUUUUUUUAAUGGAAAUUUUAUUUCUUGUGUAAUAAAUCGACCUGGAUGUCCACA